AUGGCUUUAAACUCGUACAGCUUGGACUGGACCUACUUUGUUGAGUUCCCAGGUUCAAACGGCACUGCAACCGAAUUGGGGCUCUGGUCCCAUAUCACGCGCAGGUAUGCCGAACGUACAAAACUUGACAGGGGGGCACACCGAUGUAGAGACUCGCGCCUCUCGAUGCCGGAUAUGCGGCCUUCUUACCCAUUUAAUUCCCUAUCUGUAUCAGCUCACAUCCUAAGGACCAGUCAUUCGCGCUCUCGCGCGCGCGCCCUACGUACGCGCCUCACUCGCACAUCGCACAUGCACGCGCGCCCUUCGCGUGCGCGCUCCAUAGGCCUUCGCGCUCCUACCGACUCCUCUCCUUCAUCGUUCAAGCGUGCGCCCGCUUACGCGUGUACCCUCCGCAUCUCUCGCUCACGCGCGCAUCUCGCGCGCCUUCGCAUCGCCUACGCGCGCCUUCGCGCGCGUUACUUUCCCGCGUCUACCAGCGCCCGUCUAGUUGACAUAGUUUCCCUCCACCUUAUUCGCGAGGAACUUCUCUCAGUAGCUGUCCUUUGGGUCGAGUUGUAUUCUCGUAUCCAGUCAAGAUUCCUCACCUUCACCGAUCAGGUCUGGCUAUUGUACUCAAAUCAGAACAGCUCACAAGCGGUUUCGUAUGAUUGCAGCGAUCCGCUGUGGAUAUCGUCACCCUAUGUGGGUGGGACGCGCAUCAAAGUCAUGCGGGGAGAGCCAAACACUACGAUUGUGGAGCUCAUGCUGGAGUUCAAUGUAAAUCUGUCGUGUGAUAGCGUCACACAGAGUUUGUCGUUCAACAUGUCGUCUUCUGGCAUCGGUGGGCAGCCUAUGCUCAACCUGACUUUGGUGAUAUACAAUGCUGUCACGAAUUCCACCAUGUCGUCCGUUGCCAGAACUCCAUACUCGCAGUGGUCGUGGUCUGGUACAUUGACUGAUGUUCUGGAUGGGAUUUUGGAGAUUAUUGUUAACAAUCCAACAUCGUUUGAUGGGACACUAUCUACUGGAAGCAUAGACCAUCUCGUGCUGUGCAAGGGCAAAGGGAACAAUGUCAUGGUGUUCCCCAAGUCUGAUUAUGAUAACACAGAUUUCAACUACACUGACGGCCAGUACACAUUCACGCACCGUACCUAUGGAGCGGAUAUGUUCAGGUACUUAGGCGACUUCACACCGAGUUGGUCUAACUGGACGAGUUGGGAGAAUGUCAUGACCAUACCCGCUGAUGUCCUCAGCAAUUCUGAUACUUUCUGGACGGGACAACAUCUCAUAGUACAAUAUUGGAGUGGUGUUGCAACUACCUCCAGCGUCGUUGUGCAUGCAGAUUUGAACUACAAUCAGCAGUGUCGCGUUCCCCAGCUCCUCGCUCGAGGUCCUUUGAACAAUUGGGGUUAUGACCAGGGUAUCUCCAAUGCGAUGAACCUAGUCAGCGAUGGCACUUGGGAGCUCAAAAUCAUGGCUGCGUGGCCAACGUACCUGCAACUCAACAUGUUUGGGUAUGAUGAUUACUACUACGGUGACGUCGACGGGGGCGGCGUUAUGGAUCGGAUACCACCAAAUAGUAUUGCGCUCAACUACUUAAACUUGUUAGCACCCCCAUAUCCUGCACUCGCAUGGGCACUCAUCGUUGAUGAUGCCACGUUGGAGUGGACUCUUGAGCCUCAUGGCCAUGCAUCUGUCAGCGCUACCUUGUACGGGCUUCUCUGCUCUCUCUCCCUCAUUACCAGAGUUCUCGCAGUCGUCAUUUUCAUGUACUCUUUCUACGGCAUUCACCACAACCUGUACGGCGUGCAGACAAAUUCGGGCGCAAGCAAGUGUUUCCCUAUCAUUGGAUUGCUCAAUAAGUCGGCCGCAGACUUCAAGGAGAGCGUGACGCCCAUCGUGGAAAAGAUCUUUGGGCACAAGCCGAAUGCGGAGAUCGUAGGAUGGCCAGAGGACAAGAACAAACGGCGCAGAGUCCUCAUUGCGACGCUGGAAUAUGAGAUCAUUGACUGGAAACUCAAGGUCAAGAUCGGAGGUCUCGGUGUGAUGUCAUCGCUCAUGGGAAAAGCUAUGAUGGAUGUUGACUUGAUCUGGGUCAUUCCAAAAGUGAAGGACCUGGAUUAUCCCGCUGGCGAACUUGCGGAGCCCAUCGAGGCUAUUGUCUUCAAUGAGCCCUAUCAUAUCGAAGUGGAGAUGCACGUGUGGACAAUAUCACCUAUGUCAUCCUCGACAGCCCUGUUUUUUUUCCAUGCACAGACCACAUCAGACCCAUACCCAGCCCGCAUGGACGAUCUUAGUUCCGCCAUCUUCUACUCCACAUGGAACCAGGCCAUCGCGACCACCAUCCGCCAAUUCCCUGUCAUCGACAUAUACCACAUCAACGACUAUCACGGCGCGCUUGCUCCAAUUUACCUCCUACUUAAAGUAGUACCCAUCUGUCUCUCGCUGCACAAUGCCGAGUUCCAGGGUCUAUGGCCGCUUCGAACAAAAGAAGAGAUGAAAGAAGUCUGCUCCGCGUUCAACAUCAGCAAAGAGCACUGUACGAAAUACGUCCAGUUCGGAAACACGUUUAACCUGCUUCACGCUGCUGCAUCGUUUAUCAGCGUUUAUCAAAACAGCAUCAGUGUCGCUGGAGUGUCGGACAAUAUGUCGAUUCUGCCUAAUCCUGACCCUACAGAUAUCGCGGCUUUGGAUGAGAACCCGGUGGCUAUUUGUGAAGUGCAGAUCGAUCAGGUUGUUGAGGUGCAGCGUCCGGAGAUGAAGCGGCAGGCUCAGGAAUGGGCGAAUAUCAAGCAGGAUCCCAACUCUGAUCUGUUUGUGUUCGUUGGUCGGUGGUCGAGGCAGAAAGGUGUUGACUUGAUUGCGGAUGUUAUGCCAUCGCUCCUUGAGAAAUGCCCUUCGAUACAGUUGAUUUGCGUCGGACCUGUCAUUGAUCUUUAUGGUCGGUUCGCUGUGGAGAAACUUGUUUGGUUGAUGGAGAUGUACCCUGAUGGUGUUUACUCGAAACUGGAGUUUACCGUGUUACCGCCUUAUUUGUUUAGUGGUGCUGGGUUUUCUCUGAUUCCUUCCCGUGAUGAACCGUUUGGAUUGGUCGCUGUCGAAUUCGGGAGGAAAGGUGCUCUUGGUGUUGGUAGUCGACUCGGCGGUCUUGGGUUGAUGCCUGUUACAGUAACAUCUAAAAACCCCUAUACUCAUUUUCCUUUCACUUCCAAACGGGCCGUCCGUACCACGCUUAUCUCUUAUCAUGCCUAUCUCUUAUCUUGA